AUGACCGGAUAUAGGGCGUUUUCAGACCUUCUUGGGAGAUUUCCCCAGCUUCAUUGCUACCGCCGGUUCGGAAGCUUGAGCGCAAAGGUACUUUUAUAUCGGCAAGCUGAGCUCUCGCACCUCGAGGCUGAACUCAGGGUUAUUGUGGCCGAGGAUGAAGGUGAUCCCACGACAUGUGGCUGCGAUCGGUCGUGGCAAAAGCUCAAUGAGUUUGCGGCAGCUGGGGCCUCUGGUCAGCGUGAUAAAGUUGUGGAAAUCGAUGGCAAGUUGAGAGAAUAUCAUGAUAGCCUGAUUCGGGUCGCACAAGUAUGUGGACUGGGCAUGCCUCAUUCAAAUUCAGUGGUCUUCUUGCGCAAGUGGCUACAGAGUCCUGAACAUGGAGCUGAAUUUCUCGAAAGCUAUGAAGGGGACCCGUGGGAGCCGGAAUGCGAGCGCGAUCUUCUAGCACUGUAUGACGAGGGCCCUGGAGAUGGCUUAGCACGCUGUCUGAGCAAGCUGGGCAAGUUCUGGCACCAUGUAUUUGGCCAUCGACUGAAACCAGAAACAGAUAUGGAGGCCGGACUUGGACGCGUGUGGGAGUAUAGGCAUAGAGCCUUUGCUCGUUCUGGCGAUGCGCUGUGUGUCUUUGUGUCUUUCAUGCUUCCCUCCAUGUCUACCUUCGUUCUUUUUUAUGUCAACGAUAUGGUAUACCGACUUGGUCUGAUGACAUGCUUCCUUUUUGUGCUCGCUGUUUUGAUGAUGUUUGCUCUUGAAUGCCGUCGCGUUGAGGUGUUCGCAGCCACAGCGACGUUUGCGGCAGUCCAAGUGGUCUUCCUGCAAGGAGUCAACAUGGCAGGCGAUGGCACAUGA